GCUACGAGCCUCCACUAUCUUCUAUUGGAAAAUUGGAGUAGAACAACGCAUGGGUUUGUUUCCAGCUUUUUCAAAAUACACGUGAUAACUUAAUAUUUCUACGUAAAAUCAUGUGUACAGAUUGAUGUGCGCCUAUAUCGCCUAAACACUAUACGUAAAAAUGGAAGUAACUUGCUUAAAUUUUCAGGACGUUCUGUCGGAACUGGAUGACGUUUUAAAAGAUGCCACUUUCCUCAGUAUCGAUGGUGAAUUCACAGGCCUCAAUUCAGGUUCGGACAUAGGAGCCUUUGAUACGCCAGCGCAGUACUAUGCCAAGCUUCGAUCGGGAUCCAUGGACUGUCUUCUUGUACAGUUUGGUUUAUCCGCCUUCACGUAUGACGCAGAAACAGACAAAUACACUCAGCGUUCUUAUAACUUCUACGUGUUUCCCAAACCGACAAAACAUCAGAUGCCAGAUUGUAGGUUCCUCUGUCAGGCAUCCUCCAUAGAUUUCUUAGUAAAUCAAAGUUUUGAUUUCAACAAACUUUUCAAGCAUGGCAUACCAUAUCUGAGUGCGAAUGAUGAGCAAAAGCUUGUCAAACGUAUGGAAGAGAAACAAAAACGUAAAGAAGAGAAUAACAUGGACUUAAUUCCAAUAUCUGACACUGACAAACCUCAAAUAGAAGAAAUAUGUUCUAGAAUAGAAGAAUUUCUUGCCUCAGAUAAGGAGGAAUUAAUGAUAGACAAGUGUAACGCAUUUAUAAGAAGACUCGUGUACCAAGAGGCCAGAGUAAGAUGGCCUAACCAACUUAGGGUUGAAGGUAAAAUGGAAAGAACUUGGCACUGUCUUUCGGUGCAGAAGGUAGGCACCAAAGAAGAGGAGGAAGAGAGAGAAAAUGAGAAACGUGAGAAAGAAAAAUUAGAAAUGGAGCAAGCUGUGGGCUUCAGCAUUCUUUUGCAGAAAAUCGCUAAAUCCAAUAAAAUAAUUGUUGGUCAUAACAUGUUGUUAGAUCUGUGUCACAUAGUGCAUCAAUUUUUUACAGUAUUACCAAGCGACUAUUCCGAAUUCAAGACAUUGCUCCACAGUUUGUUUCCUAGUUUAAUAGAUACGAAAGUGAUCUCUCAGUCCCAGCAAUUCAAGGAAUGCGUAUCAUCGACGAAUCUGAAUACGUUGCUAGAUAUUGUUAGCAAAUCUCCUUUUUCCAUUCCCGAUGUGCAAUCGACAGAAGGGCGCAGUUAUUCUGUAUUAACAGAAAAAUCGCAUGAGGCAGGCUACGACGCGUACAUCACUGGCUUAUGCUUUAUCGCAUUAUCCAAUUAUCUCGGGACACUAGAGAAGUCUGAAAAUACGACAGUAUUAGCAAACUCUCCUUUGCUCAACCCUUUUCUUAACAAACUUCCUAUACAAAGAUUGAAAGAUAUUCCAUAUGUGAAUUUAGUAGGAAAAGAUCCAAUUCCUAGCAGAGAUCACGUGUUUCACUUAACGUUCCCUAAAGAAUGGAAAUACUCGGAUAUAAGUGUACUCUUCGCUCCAUUUGGAGGUGGAUACAUUUCAUGGCUAUCGGAUACAUCUGCAUACGUGAGUUUACAUCGUCGCGAACAAACCGGCGCCGCAACAAAGACCUUAGCUAAACAAACAGCCUGCAAGGUACAGAAAUACUCGCAGCAUCAGGCCAGCCUAGAGACCGACGUGUCUCACGAGACACGCAAACGGAAAUUGCCAUCGCUUGAGAACACGGAGGUUGAUGAAAAGUCGGCUGCCAACGGUGCGAAGGCACCUGCCGAGGAGGAUGACGGGUGGAAAAUCGCCACGGGUAAAAGACGCAAGAAACGAAAGGAUCAAGAAGCAGGCGGCGCAACCGAUAAAAAGGUUUUCCAGGAAAACGAUACCUGGGAAUAGAUGCAAUCAACUUGUAUAAGUAACAUCGUGUACACGGUUAAGACACGCGAUACCAUACACGAAGUGUACUCGUCGCUAAACUCACAUACAAAUAUCGAAACUGAAUCACAAAACAUCUUAAUUUCACGAUCCAUUUUAUUAUGAGACAAAUUUUUAAAUACGAUGUAAUUACGACAAAGUACGUUUAAAAUAAAUUCUUUAUUUCUGG